CAAUCUUACUGGCUGAAUAUCUGUUAGUAGUGAGAUUUAUUAGACUCUAAAUUUGAAGGCCGCUAUAAGGACAUCGUCGAUACCUUAUGUUUAAGUUUUUGUUUUCGAAUUGAGCAAAAUGUCAACUCCAGCAAGACGGCGUUUAAUGAGAGAUUUUAAAAGGCUGCAAGAGGAUCCUCCAGCAGGAGUUAGCGGAGCCCCAUCAGAAAACAACAUCAUGGUGUGGAAUGCAGUAAUUUUUGGACCGGAGGGAACACCCUUUGAAGAUGGAACAUUCAAACUCACAAUAGAAUUUACAGAAGAAUAUCCCAACAAACCUCCAACAGUUCGAUUUGUCUCCAAAAUGUUUCAUCCAAAUGUUUAUGCAGACGGUAGUAUAUGUUUGGACAUUCUUCAGAACCGCUGGAGUCCAACUUAUGAUGUCUCGUCAAUCUUAACUUCUAUACAGUCUUUACUGGACGAGCCCAACCCAAACAGCCCGGCCAACAGUCAGGCUGCUCAGCUGUACCAGGAGAACAAGAGAGAGUAUGAGAAGCGUGUGUCUGCCAUCGUGGAACAGAGCUGGCGUGAUUGUUGACCCCCUUGACUGUUCGCACAGUAUGAACAAUACCCAACCUCGUCAAUCGAGAGGAACACCAUAACGAUGAGAGAGAGAGAGAGUGAAAAAAGAAAAAAAAAAAACGAAACAAAAAACAAAAUAAUAAAUACACCAUGUUGUCGAUCCUUCUCUUUACUCUUUAGAGUUGUCUGUUCUGUAGCUGUUGCAAGGUUAGAGUGCUGUUGUGUUGUGGUCUCCUUCUUCUUGCAGAAUUUUCCUCUUGGACAAGGGUACACCAUAAUUUAACUAAAUGUACCAUGUUAUACCAGGGUUACUUGCUUCCAUUUUCUUUCCUUUUUUUUUUUUUUUUUUAAUAGAAUCCUACGAUCAUAUUUUGUUUGGUUUUUAUGAGUGCCGUUGUAUGGGCCGAUUGCAUUCUGGGUGUUAACGGGAGUCAUGUGAUUGCUUGUGUUGCAGUUACCUGUGUUCAUCCAUAGUUGAACUCAAUAUUCCUGUUUGACAAUUGAAUUUCUGAGAUUAUCUGGAUUUUUUUUUUUUUAAUUAAUUCAUGUCUGUGGAUGAGGGUAAACAAGGAAAAGCCAGCUGUUUGAAUUUGUAACUUAACAUAAUUUCAACAACAACAAAAAAAGUUUGUAAUUAGUUAUGAUGAUCUGUUUAGGGUGAAGAAAAUUUGGUUUGGCUCUUCUUGUUUUUAAUUAUGAAUUCAGUAUACCCUUAUACAUGAUAAUUUGUCAUUGCUAGCUUAUGUUCAUCAUGCUUUUUCCAAGUUACUCUCAGACAUAUCUUGAUGCCCUCUGGUGAUUGUCAAGAGAAACACGAGUGUGUUGUCACUCACGUAAAGCCCUCGCCACAAUGCCCAGGACUCAGAAUGUAUCCAAAUAGCACUGAUAAACCUACUGGUUUGUAUGUAUCCUCUGUUCAUUGUGGUGUGUCUGUGUUUUUGCACCCACCCCCCAACUGCAUGGUUGACUUGACCUUUUUCUUUAGUUCCAUUUUAAGUGCCGUUUGUUUCCCGAUCUCACAUGGAAACUAGCUGACUAAUCCAACUGCCUGGGCAUGACGCUCUUGUAUGCUUGUUCUACUACAGUGUCCAUUUUAAACAAUUUGGGGUGAUCAGUUUUCUAUAAUGCACAUCAAGUUCCAGAGUGUCAAAUUUGCACUAGUAACCCAUGUAAGAAACUGUACAUUUUCUCACUUCUUGUAAAUAAAACAGUGAA